CGGCUACAGCAGGAGACAGAGCCAACACUCCUUGGGGUUUGGGAACUCUAGGCAGCACAGAUCUGGGUCUGGGCCCUGCCGCCUUCCCUGCUGAGGGGCCAUGCAUGCCAUGCAGCUGCAGACGGACCCCAUCCUGGAACCAGGGCUUUCUGGGGGCUCUGGCUUCUUUCCAGCUGCAAGCCGACACCAGGAAGACUGCUGGGGACCUGGGGUUCAAGGGUGUGCACGCUGACAUGCAGCCCCAGACGUGGGGGGAUAGCAGGCUGGAGAGUCCCAUCUUGGGAAGGCCAUCUCGGGUGUGGGUAAUGAAGUCGACAUUUGUUAGGACCUUCUCUGGCCAGGCCUUCCACCUACAUCAUUUCAAUUCCUACAACAACCAUGCAAGGCACCCCAGGCUUCCUGGAGGGGACCGGCUGUGGCUUGCUUUGCUUUGGCUCCCAGCUUCCCCCUUCCUCGGGUGGAAGUCAGAGUCUCUCACGUGGAUCCUUGGCCCCAGCCCAUCCCCGCUGGGCUGGCGGGCAGGCACCAGGACGUGGCUGGCGGCUCCUGCCAUGGACAGGUGGUACCUGGGUGGCAGCCCGAAGGAGGACGUGGACCCAUUCUACUAUGACUACGAGACUGUCCGCAACGGGGGCCUCAUCUUUGCUGCCCUGGCCUUCGUCGUGGGGCUCAUUAUCAUCCUCAGUAAAAGACUCCGCUGUGGAGGCAAAAAGAAGCACCGGCAAGUCAAUGAGGAUGAUCUGUAAUGACAGAGUCAGCGGUGCUCCCCGGGCAGGGGGGCCUUUUGGGAAGCCUUCCCUGAGCUGGUGACCUUUGUCCCCAGCAUGGCCAGGCUUUGGGGCUGAAGGAGGUGCCAGGCUCCACGUGACCUCUGGGUAUGCUCGGCCUCCUCCCACCCAGGCCGCCUCAUGUUAAUAAUAAAGCCAGCCUCAGAGAGGCUCCUUCCCGGC